AUUAAACUUGGUAGAGAAUGGGUGUUAUAUUCGGUUUAUCACAAGAUGAUGUUUAAACGAUAAUAUAUAUUAUACGAGUGAAAUGUAUACAGACAAAUCGUAAUCGAUGGAGUUACCAGUAGUAUUAACUCUCUUCUUUGUCUUAUAUUUGAUAGGAUUAGCAGAAGCCCAACGAGAAUGUGAGAAGGGCUGUUUAAAUAACGUAUGUAAUUCCACCAACGGCGUAUGUUCUGACGGUUGUCGGGCAGGAUUCUAUGGCCAGAGAUGCGAUCGUGAAUGUGAGAAGGGCUGUAUAGAUAACGCAUGUAAUUCCGCCAAUGGCGUAUGUUCCGAAGGUUGUCGGGCAGGAUUCUAUGGCCAGAGAUGCGAUAGUGAAUGCGGACGGUGUAGGAAUAAGCCCUGUGAUAAGAGAACCGGAAGAUGCACAGAAGGAUGUGAGGCAGGGUGGGGAGGAAGCCUUUGCGAUCGAGAAUGUGAGCCGUUUACUUUUGGACCAGACUGUAUAUUUCCUUGUGGAAGCUGUUUCAAUAAUGAAUCCUGUUCCAGUGAAAAUGGAGAAUGUCCGCUGGGGUGUGAAGAUGGAUGGCGCAUCCCGUACUGUAAAAUGCCUUGUCCAACUGGAUUUUAUGGUGUAAACUGUUCUAAUAUAUGUGGUUUUUGUCGCCUGGUAACACAAUGUGAUGCUGUCACUGGUAGAUGUUCAGACGGUUGUGUGGAAGGGUAUUACGAACCACUGUGUAAAUAUGAAUUGUUAGAAUUUUCGUUUCUGGCUCUUCCAUUUAUCAUCGCUGGAUCAACUGUCGGUGUAAUUUAUAUUCUUGUGAUGUCCAUCUGUAUCUGUCAUUGUUGGAGAGCCAGAAAACGAAGGUCACAUGACAUGGGUUUAGAAGACGAGGUCGCUUCUGAAUUUGAAUCAGCAGACGCCCACAAUGCCAAUCGUCGACCAAUCGAAUCGGAAUCACCUUAUGACGUCAGAUUUUUGAAUCGUCUUGAUAAUCUGAUGUCAUUUAAAGGCCAAAAACGAAGCAAACACGAACCAUCGGUCGCGUACAGAAAAACACAACCCGCGCUACCCAAUCACGGCAAUGGUUAUCGGGACUCGGAGUUUUCUGAUGUCGACGAAACUACCCCUGGGGAUUAUGUGAACGUUAAAAACGUUGGUCACCCCCGAACAUCGGGUGGACUCAUCUAUGCUAAUGGUAUUCUCAUCGAGAACAAGAGAAAGGAAGCCGGUAAAGGAGGGGAGUCAGGUGGUGGUUAUGCCAAUGUACUACACCAGUAUAUCAAUUUGAAUAAACCCCCAAAACCAGGGGCUUCCACUGGAGAUUAUCAAAAUAUUGACCCAGAUUACACACAACCGUCAUCAUAUUCCUAAAUAGCGCAGCACAGAUCCGAUCAUAGUCGUAGAACAGGGCCCCGUUUCUCGAAAUCUUAACUAAAGAUAAAAUCAAAAUUUUAGUAGAUACUUCAAUUUUGAUUGGCUAAGCACUAAAAUCGGCCUAAUAUUAUCCAAUCAAAUUACUAAAAUUUGGAUUUUAUCUAAGUUAAAAUUUCGUGAAACAGGCCCCAAGAUAAAAUCCAAAUUUUAGUAGAUACUUCAAUUUUGAUAGGCUAAGCACUAAAAUCAGUCUAAUAUUCUCCAAUCAAAUUACUAAAAUUUGGAUUUUAUCUUAGUUAAAAUUUCGUGAAACAGCCCCCAGAGCAACCAAGUAUUCCUAAAUAGCGCGUUAGAGACCUUAUUUAGUCAAUGAAGAGAUAACCUUGAUAGAAUUGACUUUGACCAAUACUGAACUGACUCUUCGUCAUAUGAUUAAUGCAUGCCCAAAUAUGGCAAAGUAGGUAGCGCCUUUUGUAUAUAGAUUCCAGAGCCGUAUAUAGGGACACCGGUAUUAUACUUUCUUCAUAAAAUAUUAUCAAUAUUAUGAAACCGACUAAUUAAAGAUGCAUUAUGUAAGAUUUAUAUAAAGAGCUAGCCGUUCUUGCUAUGAUGAGAAAUGAAUAUUUGAAAUUUUUUAUUCAAAUUGCUUUAUUCUGGGCGAAGUUAUGACUAUAUGAGAGAGAGAAAUGGGGUUUAACGUCCAGUCAUUUUGGGACUAACAUACGGUUCAAUUUUAUUUCAAUAAUUCGCUUGUGCGUAGUGGUCUUUAGCAGUGGGAGGAAACCGGAGGACCCGGAGAAAACCCACGAGGUUGGACAGGCGACCCUACUCCUUGUCACGUACAACCGGGGAAUCGAAACCCCGCCAGUUGACUCAAUGACAGACCGUAUGAUACAGCGCGCACAUGCUAACUAUUCGGCCAUCCAACCCCCCAUGACUAUUUGAAGAUGGAGCGCGUAUUGUUUAUUAUCGUAGCAACGGUACUUAACAAUCGAGACCAAGUCUUGAUUAUCCAUUUAUUUUCUCAUUAAAUUUUUACCCCGCCCUGGUGUUCUAAUCCAUAUAAAUCUCGGCCGUCCGAUGGUCUAGACAGUUGAUUAUAGGCUUACCGUGUGCAUAAAUUUCUAAAAAUUAGUUUAUAUAAAUUCCGAAGCCCCCCCCCCCCCCGAAAAAAAAGAACCUGCAAUUGUCCGAUUUUGACCUUACAUAAUGCUUCUUUAAUAAAUUGUAUGUAUUUGUAAAAUAUUAUAGUAUUUCUCUGUUACUCAUUGAUGCAGGUUUUAAAUAAAUAUUAUUUUUCUGUUG